CGACCAAAAGCUCAAACAGCUCCAUCAAAGCAAUUCCCUACCAUUUUAUUUGAAACCGAAGCCGGCCUGCCUGCCUUCAUCUCUCUCUCUCUCUCUCUUACAAAUUCAGUUGGUGGAGACCUCAAACACUCGCCAGAUUUGGCCCUUCAGUUUUGAAUGGAAGCUAUCAGAAAGCAAGCCACCCGGCUUCGCGAACAGGUCGCCAGGCAGCAACAGGCUGUCCUCAAGCAGUUUGGAGCUGGAGGAUACGGAGGUUCAGAUAAUUUAGUAACUGAUGAGGCAGAACUCGUGCAGCAUCAGAAACUUGAAAAGCUUUACAUAUCAACACGUGCCGGCAAGCAUUAUCAAAGGGAUAUUGUUCGUGGUGUGGAGGGAUAUAUUGUCACCGGGUCCAAACAAGUUGAAAUAGGAACGAAGUUGUCAGAAGAUAGUAGGAAAUAUGGUGCUGAAAAUACGUGUACUAGUGGAAGUACAUUAUCAAGAGCUUCCUUAAGCUAUGGGCGAGCUCGUGCUCAAAUGGAGAAGGAGAGGGGGAAUCUGUUGAAAGCUCUUGGUACACAGGUGGCAGAGCCAUUAAGAGCAAUGGUAAUGGGGGCUCCAUUGGAGGAUGCUCGGCAUCUUGCUCAACGUUAUGAUAGAAUGCGACAAGAAGCUGAAGCUCAGGCUAUUGAAGUUUCCAAACGCCAAGCAAAAGUGCGGGAAACACCAGGAAAUUCAGAAAAUGUUAUGAAACUGGAAGCUGCAGAGUCGAAGCUGCAAGAUCUGAAGUCAAAUAUGGCAAUAUUAGGGAAGGAAGCUGCUGCAGCAAUGGCAGCUGUUGAGGCUCAACAACAGAGGUUGACACUCCAGCGACUCAUUGCCAUGGUUGAGGCAGAGCGUACUUAUCAUCAGAGGAUCCUUCAGAUACUUGAUCAACUUGAAGGAGAGAUGGUAUCAGAACGACAACGGAUUGAAGCACCUCCUAGCCCUACUGUUGAAACCACCAUGCCUCCACCUCCAUCUUAUGAAGAAGUUAACGGCAUGUAUGCUUCUCAAACACAUAAUGGAUCGUCGGACAGCAUGGAUUACUUCUUAGGGGAGGUUAUGUUUACAUAUCAAGCUGUGUCUGACAUAGAGCUCAGUUUGUCAGUUGGUGAUUAUGUUGUUGUGCGAAAGAUUUCAGAUGCCUGUCAUCUGAGGCAAGUCAGUGAAUCCAGGUUGCAGGUGACAAACAACGGUUGGGCAGAAGGCGAAUGCAAAGGCAGAGCAGGUUGGUUCCCGUUUGGAUACAUCGAAAGAAGGGAACGAGUUCUCGCAAGCAAGGUGGCCGAAGUGUUCUAGGGUUUGUGCAUGGGACAGAGCGUUUUUCGAUUCAUUUUGUUUCCUCUAAAUGUGUAUUUUUGUUAUUUAAUGUACUUAAUGAUGGAGAAUACGUUGGUUCAAAUAGAAUAACAGUGUAUCGUAGUGAUUGAUACAAGUAUCGUUUCUUUACUGAUUUCA